UGGCAGCGGAGGCAGACUAGUGAGCGAUGGAGGAGGGUGGCCGGGAUAAGACGCCGCUGCCCCAGCAGCCCCCCGUGACGGCCCCCGGCGGCGCGGACGAGAAGCAGAGCGGCAAGGAGCGGCGAGAUGCCGGGGACAAGGACAAAGAGCAGGAGCUGUCCGAGGAGGACAAACAGCUCCAGGAGGAACUGGAGAUGCUCGUGGAACGACUCGGGGAGAAAGACACAUCCCUGUACCGGCCAGCCCUGGAGGAACUGCGGAGGCAGAUUCGCUCCUCGACAACCUCUAUGACUUCAGUGCCCAAACCUCUCAAAUUUCUCCGUCCACAUUAUGGCAAGCUGAAGGAACUCUAUGAGAACAUGGACCCUGGAGAGAAUAAGCGCUUUGCAGCUGACAUCAUCUCUGUCUUGGCCAUGACCGUGAGUGGGGAGCGCGAGUGCCUCAAGUACCGGCUAGUGGGCUCCCAGGAGGAGCUGGCAUCAUGGGGACAUGAGUAUGUUAGGCAUCUGGCAGGAGAAGUGGCGAAGGAGUGGCAGGAGCUGGAUGAGGCUGAAAAGGCGCAGCGGGAGCCACUGUUGACCCUGGUGAAGGAGAUUGUCCCCUACAACAUGGCCCACAAUGCAGAGCACGAGGCCUGUGAUUUGCUCAUGGAAAUUGAGCAGGUGGACAUGCUGGAGAAGGACAUCGAUGAGAACGCCUAUGCCAAAGUCUGCCUCUAUCUCACCAGUUGUGUGAAUUAUGUGCCUGAGCCUGAGAACUCGGCCCUCCUGCGGUGUGCCUUGGGUGUAUUCCGAAAGUUCAGCCGCUUCCCUGAGGCUCUGAGGUUGGCGCUGAUGCUCAACGACAUGGAGCUGGUAGAAGACAUCUUUACCUCCUGCAAGGAUGUGGUGGUGCAGAAGCAGAUGGCGUUCAUGCUAGGCCGGCACGGGGUGUUCCUGGAGCUGAGUGAAGAUGUAGAGGAGUAUGAGGACCUGACUGAGAUCAUGUCGAACGUGCAGCUCAACAGCAACUUUUUGGCCUUGGCCCGGGAGCUGGACAUCAUGGAGCCGAAGGUGCCCGACGACAUCUACAAAACCCACCUGGAGAACAACAGGUUUGGGGGCAGUGGCUCUCAGGUGGACUCUGCCCGUAUGAACCUGGCCUCCUCGUUUGUGAACGGCUUUGUGAACGCAGCCUUUGGCCAGGACAAGCUACUGACCGAUGACGGCAACAAGUGGCUGUACAAGAACAAGGACCACGGCAUGUUGAGUGCAGCUGCGUCUCUUGGCAUGAUUUUGCUCUGGGAUGUGGAUGGGGGCCUCACCCAGAUUGACAAGUACCUGUACUCCUCUGAGGACUACAUCAAGUCUGGAGCCCUCCUGGCCUGCGGCAUUGUGAACGCGGGCGUCCGCAACGAGUGCGACCCUGCGCUGGCGCUGCUCUCAGACUACGUCCUCCACAACAGCAACGCCAUGCGACUCGGCUCCAUCUUUGGGCUCGGCUUGGCCUAUGCUGGCUCUAACCGGGAAGAUGUCCUAACACUGCUGCUGCCUGUGAUGGGAGAUUCCAAGUCCAAUAUGGAGGUGGCGGGGGUAACAGCCUUGGCCUGUGGAAUGAUAGCCGUGGGGUCCUGCAACGGGGACGUCACCUCCACCAUCCUUCAGACCAUCAUGGAGAAGUCCGAGACGGAGCUCAAGGACACCUACGCUCGCUGGCUUCCUCUCGGCCUGGGCCUCAACCACCUGGGCAAGGGCGAGGCCAUCGAGGCCAUCUUGGCUGCGCUGGAGGUCGUGUCGGAGCCGUUCCGCAGCUUUGCCAACACGCUGGUGGACGUGUGCGCCUACGCAGGCUCUGGGAACGUCUUGAAGGUACAGCAGCUGCUCCACAUCUGUAGCGAGCACUUCGACUCCAAGGAAAAGGAGGAAGAUAAAGACAAGAAGGAGAAGAAGGACAAGGACAAGAAGGAAGCCCCUGCUGACAUGGGAGCCCAUCAGGGAGUCGCCGUGCUGGGCAUUGCCCUCAUUGCCAUGGGGGAGGAGAUCGGCGCCGAGAUGGCCCUGCGAACCUUUGGCCACUUGCUGAGGUAUGGGGAGCCCACGCUCCGGCGGGCUGUGCCUUUAGCACUGGCCCUGAUCUCUGUUUCAAACCCACGGCUCAAUAUCCUGGAUACCCUGAGCAAAUUCUCCCAUGAUGCCGACCCAGAAGUGUCCUACAACUCCAUCUUCGCCAUGGGCAUGGUGGGCAGUGGUACAAAUAAUGCCCGUCUGGCUGCCAUGUUGCGCCAGUUAGCCCAGUAUCAUGCCAAGGACCCCAACAACCUCUUCAUGGUGCGCUUGGCACAGGGCCUGACACACUUAGGGAAGGGCACACUCACCCUCUGCCCCUACCACAGUGACCGGCAGCUCAUGAGUCAGGUGGCCGUGGCCGGACUGCUCACCGUGCUGGUCUCCUUCCUGGAUGUCCGCAACAUCAUCCUAGGCAAGUCGCACUAUGUACUGUACGGGCUGGUGGCUGCCAUGCAGCCGCGCAUGCUGGUCACCUUCGACGAGGAGCUCCGACCGCUGCCAGUGUCUGUCCGCGUGGGCCAGGCCGUGGACGUGGUGGGCCAGGCCGGCAAGCCCAAGACCAUCACAGGGUUCCAGACACACACGACUCCAGUGUUGCUGGCUCACGGGGAGCGGGCGGAGUUGGCUACUGAGGAGUUUCUUCCUGUCACCCCCAUUCUGGAAGGUUUUGUUAUCCUGCGGAAGAACCCCAACUAUGACCUCUAAGUGGGCGGCUGUCAGGCCCGGAACUGCAGCUGAUGUGUCCGUGGCCACACUACCUGCUGCCAGCUGGACGCUGGGCCAGACCUUUGAGGGGGGACUGUUAGCACCUGUUCCUUUGUUACUGCGUGAGAUAACUUUGUUGAAUAAAGACCUUUAUGCCCCAGG